CGGAAGUGCAUUUCAGCUCGACGUUCGAGAGCUUCCUGGGUGAGGACAGCGGUGUGUGUGUUGUAUGUAUUAACAUGUCGUAUUCGGUUUUAUUAAGAGCGAAAAGAAAACGUUCUAGCAGGCAUUAAUUAGUCAGAUCUGUUUUAUAGGACUUUAACCUGAAAGGUCCUGUGAUCCCCUCGUCCACGGAGAGCAGGGGGUAUUUACUACAGUGGGAGUUCAAAGUGAAGUUUAACUUAAAGGGACAGUAUAGUCACCAGACCCACUGCACAUUAUUGUAAUGGUUCUGGUGUCUAUAGCCUGUCCCUGCAGGCUUUCUAAUGUAAACACAACCUUUACUGAGAAAGGACAGUGUUUACAUUGCUGGCUAGUUAACAUCUAGCGCCGGUCACUCAGAGGGCAACUAGGGGAGCUUUCUGGGAUUCAGGGUCACCACACUCUGCAUGGACAUGCUGUACGUUCUCUAUAGAGAUGCAUUGAUUCAAUGCACCUCUAUGAGGUGAUGCUGAUUGGGGUAGGGUUUUGACAUACAUGUGCAAUAGCCUCCUAAUGCUUUCCUAUGAAAAAAACUUUGGAUUUGCUGAGAUCAUCAAAUCAGAUUAUCCGCGCUGCAGCAUUGGGAAAAAGGUUAGCAAAGUAACCUAUUUUAAUGUAAAAAGAUGAGGGCCCGCGACCUAUAUAGUGAUUUUACCACGUUAGGGUCAAGAAUACAUUUGUGUUCCUGUCACUAUAGUGUUCCCUUAAAUGAGAGAAAUCAAAGGGAUUUAAAGCUUUAAGUCAAAAGUAGCUAAUGUGGAAGGGUUGAUGACUUAGAGAAAUGUUCAUUUACAGCUGUUUUGGCUUAGAAUUUGAAAUUCGCCUGGAAUUCUGACGUUUGUAAAUAACCCUGUGCAAUAAUUGUGCUGUUAUAUGAGUCGUAUGAGGAUGCUCAGGGUAAACUUUUAGUUGAACAUACAGACUAUUAUUAGGCUUGUGCAGACAUACAGCAGGGAUGCUGUCCUUCGGGCAGCAAGCAGGAACUGGCAGAUAAUGCUUUAAUUUUUACAGUUAUUAUGAUUGACCGGUGUUAGUGACAGGUGUUAAUGAAGCAUGCAUUUUUGACAAGUGAUUGGCUUACAACAAAUAUACUACACACUGUAAACUGAGAAUUGUCAGGUAUUCAAAGUGAAUAUCAUUUCAAUAACACAUUCCAGUUUGAAUGCUAAGCUAUUCUCACUUCUGUGAAUGUUAAUUUUAGGCUGAAAUAGUUAAAUUGUGAAUGUCAGGUUAAAAUAGCGAAUUUGGAAAAAGUCAGCUGUAAUUAUAAUUCGGACUAAAAUUAAAAUUCACUUGAAUUUCAAGCAACUCUCACUUUAGUUAAUAACUUUACUCCAGGCUAGCUAAAAUGGGUAAGGCUUGCAAAAAUCUGCAAUAAUGGCUCGUCUUGUGUGUGAUUUAUACAUUUUUUUUUAUUUUUUUUUAGUAGGGAGAGGAUAAAAAGGAGUUAAAAAAAAAAAAAAAAAGAAUGGGCUAGUGACAUAAAGAGACAUGGAAACAACUGGUGAUCUGUGGACCAAGUGGCAUCUGUAGAGAAUAGUGAUACUGAAAGGGCAAGUAACAAAGUGACACUCCAUAACAUAGAUGCACCAGAAACAAGUAAAUCAAAUGUACAUUUGGUGGCAAGAAACCGUUUUAUGUCUGAAUCAUUCCAUAUCAGGUGAUUCAAUUCACAUUUAUAUUUCGUAUUAUUUUACUCAGUAUACUUAAAGGGUUACUGCAACCACUAUGACCACUUCACUGACUUGAAGUGGUCAUGAUGGUAGGAGUCUGGAUGUGCAGUUUUUCUGCAUGAAACACUGCACAUUCAGAAUUAUUUUUAAUUGUAUGCCGGGGGCUAGUUUCACCCCCUAAACAAGGCUGCCUAUUGUCAGCUCUGUGCAUAUUCAAUAGGGAUUGACUGAUAUUGAUUUUUUUUUAGAGCCGAUACCGAUAAUCUGUUAGCCGAUAACGUACCAAUAUUCUGUACAUUUACCAUUUUGAAAAAAUAAACUAUUUCUACACAAAUCUACUGUAACUGAACAUGUUUAUUAUUUAUUGUUUGCAAAUCUUUUUUUUUUAUUAUGGUAAAUGCACAAAAUAUACGUCCUGUCAGAAUUUUUUUAUGUUUUCAAGAAUAUGUGUGUGUGCAGUGGAUGCAGUGAGAGUAUUUGAUUAGUGGAUGCAGUGUGUUUGUGUAGUGUGUGUAUAGUGAAUUAAGUGAGUGUGUGUGUGUAUGUGUGUAUAGUGAAUGCAGUGAGUGUGUGUUUGUGUAUAGUGAAUGCAGUGAGUGUGUAGUGUGUGUGUAUAGUGAAUGCAGAGUGUUUGUGUUGUGUGUAUUUAAUGAAUGCAGAGUGUGUGUUUGUGUAGUGUGUGUGUGUGUGUGUAUAGUGAAUGCAAUGUGCGUAAAGUGAAUGCAGUGUGUUUUGUGUAGUGUGUGUGUAUAUAAUGAAUGCAGAGUGUGUAUAGUGAAUGCAGUGUGUUUAUAUAAUGCAGAGUGUGUGUGUUUGUGUAGGUAUGUUAACCCCUUAAGGACUGAGCCAAAUUUGAACGCCAAUUUUGGGCAGUGUUUGUGACUAAGGACUUCUGAAAAAGACUGGACAUACCUCAUUUGCAAUACCUAGGGUUGUCUACUCUUGCAAAUGGUGUGCCAUCAUGGGGGUCAUUUUCAUUCCUGUGCUACCAUACAGUCUCAAAGGUCCUGGAAAGUUAUAGGGUUAAAUAUAGUGCUAGCAAAUGAAAUUUCCUGGACUUUUGGCCUGGGUUGUCAGGCAGGUCCCGCGAAUUGUAAUUAAUAAAAUGACCUAAUUAUGUAAAAAUAUUCCAUAAAUAUAUGUGUAGAAUUAUUAUAUAUAUGUGUAUAUCUAAUUUUUUAAUAUGAUUUUUAUUUAUAUAUAGGGGUGUGCGUGUGUGUGUGUUUGUAUGUAUAUAUGUGUGUGUGUAUAUAUAUAUAUAUAUAUAUAUAUAGUGAUAUAUACGUAUACUUAUGUGUGUGUGUGUGUAUAUAUAUAUAUAUAUUUCGUUCUAUGUGUAUUUUGAUAUCAAUAUAUAUAUAUAUUAAUAUCAAAAUACAGUUAGAACGAAAUGACACAUAUAUUUUUAUAUUUUUUAAUGUAUUUACAUUAUAUAUAUAUAUAUAUAUAUAUAUUUAUUUGUGUUUUAUACUUUAAUUUUAUUUUUUUCAGGCAGCAGGGGGAGUACCCUUCAUUCCUGCUGGCACUGCAGUGGAUGGCUAUGCUGUCCAUGUGAUCGUGAGGUCCUAGCAAGGACCUCGCAAUCACAUGACCCAGGAGGACCGGAACAGCAGCAAGGGGACUCCCUGGGAUGCCAGGUGAGUCCCCCCACCGCAAUCGCUGGCGUUUAGAGCCGGGUCCCCAUAGAACGCCCGCCGUCCUUAAGAGGUUACGUGUGUAAAAUUUAGUUUUAGUUUUCCAUGGUGGUCUGGUGUCAAGAACUGUGCAGCAAGCUCUUACUUAUCUUUCCUUUAGCUCCCCUGUCUAACUCUCGCGGUAACUCAUGGUAACCCUUGGCAACACUCCGACGGCCGCAUGACUCACGAGAUUUAGACAGGGGAGCUGAAGGGAAGAUAAGUAAGAGCUUGCUGCGGGCCCUCCAGGACUGCCGGGCUUGUCAUGGGCCCUGCGGUCCUGGCCUGCAUUAUCUGCAAUAUCGGUAUCUCUGUAGACCGAAAAGCUGAAAAAUUGCCGAUUAAUAUCGGCCAGACCGAUAAUCGGUUGAUCCCUAAUAUACAAGCACACCAUUUUUCUGAGUAGGACCAAAGGAACACUCUGAGUACCAUAACAACGUCAUCUCAGUGGUGAUGAGAGGUCCUGGUUGCUGUUUUACGUUAAUUGGUUAAACUAUUCAUGAACUGUUUAAAUUGUUACUCCAAGUAUUUGACCACUUUAUAGAGAAAAGGCAGUGUUUCCCUUGCUUCCUAGGAACACCUCCAGUGUCAGUCACUCGGACAGCCACUAGAAGUGCUUUCAGGGUCGCAUCACUAAUGUUCACUAUCUCCAUGGGAGAUGUGACUAGAACUGCAUAAAUAAAUUAAUUUAACUCCUAAAUGACAGAGAUUUUAACAAUGAGACUGCAGGGGCAUGAUCUAUACACCUAAACUGCUUAAUUAAGCUAAAGUUCUUUAAAGGGACACAAUAGGCAGCCAGAUCACUUCAUCUCAUUGAAGUGGUCUGGGUGCAGUGUUCCUGUGCCUCGUAGUCCUUCAAUGUUGCAGUUUUAGAGCAAUGCUUUCCUAUGGGGAAGACCUAAUGAACGUGCAUGCGCUUGUCGCGCAUUUGCAGUAGGUCUCCCCAAUCUGAUGACAUUGGGAGAUGCGGACCAUGAUCUAGUGCCGAGGGACCUUGACACUGGAAUCGAGUAAGUGAAGAAAGGGUUAUUUAAUUCUUUACUAUGUUAGGAGUAGGCUGCGUAGGCAGAGGAACACAGUCUUAGGAAUACAUCUUUGUAUACAUCAAAAUGUUCCUUUAAGCACUGUUACGUGUCUUGACGAAAACCAGCACUUAUAAUAUUACAAAUUAAUCAAUAAGGUGUGGGCAUGUUUUGAGCCUUUGUGUUAUGUUUGAUGCCACUAGUUCUGGAAUAAAGCUUUUUAAUAUUUUUUUCUGAUGUGUUUAUUUUAGGUGUGGCAUGUUAUCUGAAGAUUAGAAUUCCUUUUUGUCUGUUUUUCUCACUCACAAAUGAUGAAUCCCAACAACCCAUUUACAGAACUUUCAGCAGGGGUGUCUGGAUCCCAGAAUCAGAACAGCUUCUUGUUUGGGCAGCCCUCUGUGUUUGGAAAUACAAGUGCAGAUCAGUCCACUCCAGUUUUUGGACAAAAUGCUACUGGCCAGUCUGCUCCUGCAUUUGGAAAUGCUUCUUCAGGCCAAGGUGCACCUAUGUUUGGACAAUCCAUUACUGGUCAUUCUGCCAACAUGUUUGGUCAGACUACUACUAAUCAGUCCGCUUCCAUUUUUGGACAAAUAACGACUAGUCAGUCUGCUCCUGUCUUUGGGCAAGCAACUACUACAAAUCAGUCUACUCCUGCUUUUGGUACUAGUCAAGUUGCUACUGCUUUUGGUCAAGCUUCAUCUGGUCAGUUGCAGUCUGCUCCCACAUUUGGACAAAUUUCAACGGGUCAGACUGCUCCAGCAUUUGGUCAGGCUACUAUUGGAAAAUCUACAUCUGCCUUUGGACAGACUACCAAUGGACAAUCUGCUUCUAUGUUUGGACAGUCUGCUUCAUCAUUUAGACAAAGCUUGACUGGACAGUCUGCUUCCCCCUUUGGACAAACCUCUGCCCUCUUUGGAGCGACUACUACAGGUCAGCCUACUUCUUUAUUUAGUCAGUCCAACACUAGCCUCACAGUUUCCCCAUUCGGACAAGUUGCUACUAGUCAAUCUGCACCUCAGUUUGGACAGACUAUAUCUAACCAGUCUGCAACCUCCUUUGGACAGAUGUCUUCUAACCAGUCUGCAACUCCUUUUGGGCAGGCUGCAUCUAACCAGUCUACAACCCCCUUUGGGCAGGCUACAUCUAGCCAGUCUUCAGCCCCCUUUGGACUGGCUACAUCGAGCCAGUCGUCCGCCCCAUUUGGACAAGCUACAUCGAGCCAGUCUGCAGCCCCCUUUGGACAGGCUACAUCGAGCCAGUCUUCAGCCCCCUUUGGACAAGCUACAUCGAGCCAGUCUUCAGCCCCCUUUAGACAAGCUACUUCGAGCCAGUCUUCAGCCCCCUUUGGACAGGCUACAUUGCGCCAGUCUUCAGCCCCCUUUGGACAGGCUACAUCUAGCCAGUCUUCAGCCCCCUUUGGACAGGCUACAUCUAGCCAGUCUCCAGCCCCCUUUGGACAGGCUACAUCUAACCAGUCUCCAGUCCCCUUUGGACAGGCUACAUCUAGCCAGUCUCCAGCCCCCUUUGGACAGGCUACAUCUAGCCAGUCUCCAGCCCCCUUUGGACAGGCUACAUCUAGCCAGUCUUCAGCCCCCUUUGGACAGGCUACAUCUAGCCAGUCUUCAGCCCCCUUUGGACAGGCUACAUCUAGCCAGUCUUCAGCCCCCUUUGGACAGGCUACAUCUAGCCAGUCUUCAGCCCCCUUUGGUCAGGCUACAUCUAGCCAGUCUUCAGUCCCCUUUGGUCAGGCUACAUCUAGCCAGUCUUCAGCCCCCUUUGGACAGGCUACAUCCAGCCAGUCUUCAGCCCCCUUUGGACAGGCUACAUCCAGCCAGUCUUCAGCCCCCUUUGGACAGGCUACAUCCAGCCAGUCUCAGCCCCCUUUGGACAGGCUACAUCCAGCCAGUCUUCAGCCCCCUUUGGACAGGCUACAUCCAGCCAGUCUUCAGCCCCCUUUGGACAGGCUACAUCCAGCCAGUCUUCAGCCCCCUUUGGACAGGCUACAUCCAGCCAGUCUUCAGCCCCCUUUGGACAGGCUACAUCCAGCCAGUCUUCAGCCCCCUUUGGACAGCCCUACAUCCAGCCAGUCUUCAGCCCCCUUUGGACAGGCUACAUCCAGCCAGUCUUCAGCCCCCUUUGGACAGGCUACAUCCAGCCAGUCUUCAGCCCCCUUUGGACAGGCUACAUCCAGCCAGUCUUCAGCCCCCUUUGGACAGGCUACAUCCAGCCAGUCUGUUCCUCUGUUUGGACAGGCUACAUCCAGCAAGACUGCAACUUUUACUACACAACCGACAUCCAUUUUUGGAAAACCUGCAUCCAUAUUUGGACAAGCCACCACUGAGUCUCCUACUACCUCUUCAAAUGACCGUGGUUUUGGAUUUGCAAAGUUAAAUGCUGCAGAGACUCAAUUUGGGAAAGUUACAACUGGACAGAGAUUUGGAUUUGGGCAGGGAUCAUCUACAUUUGGACAACAACCUGGAAGCCAGUCAUCUGGCUUUGGGCAUGCUAAUUCUGGGCAGACUGGUGUUCAGUUAUCUUUUAAUCAGAGUGCUAGUGGAGUUGGACAGAGCAGUCCAGGGAAGGCUCCUCUCUUUGGAGAGACUUCUGGAAAUACUGUAUUUGGGCAGCAAACAUCUCACUCGGGGCACUCUGUAAGUGAAACGCAUACACAGAUGAACACUGAAUCUGAUUCUACAGAUUCAAAAGUAUCUACCAGCACAACAUCAUCUACGUUUGCACAGAUGUCUAAUGUGCCUGGAUCAAAUUCAGAGAACAGAUUCAAGCCUCCUGCAAAUUCUACUUUCAAGCCAAUCUUUGGAGCAGUCAAUGUACCCGAAAAAUCUAAGAGCCAUGGUCCCACAUCUUUCACCUUCCAAAAUUUUGCUAAAAAUGAAUUGGGGAAUCAAAAAACAAAUGACGGUCAUCAUGAUGCAGGCUCAUCAGGUGAAAUUAAAAGUGGUGGAAACUUCUCUUUUUCUUCAUUUGACAAGAGAAACAAGGAUGAAACGGUGGCAUCACAGUUGACAUUGAAAAGUGUAGGAAGUAAUUUCAGCAGUUUUGUUAGCCCUAACACCAGUGAUGGGCAGUCACAGCUUUCAGAAAAUUUCAGGAAAGAAGAAUAUCACAGAGGUUUCAAGAGGAAGGAAGGCCAGGAGCUUUCCUCUGUUAAACAUGUACCCCCUUCUUCAGAAGAGUCAUCCUCCAUGCCACAAACCGAUCACCCUCCCGUGAAGAGGCAUGGCAGACUUGGACACCAACUCACUGGAGGUGCUAAUCUUUUGGUGAGAAGCCUGUAUGAUGUUGUAAAGAGUCACAUGAAGACUGAACAUAAAAAUAACAAAAAGGAAGAAUUAAGUACAAGCCAACAGCCUACAGAUUCCGAGUCUAAUAAUUCUUCACAGCCAGCCAAUCAGUCCAUGCACACUAAAGAUUUUUCUGCUUCUGGGUCUAUCCUGCAAACUACCAACAAAGUCCAACCUUCAGCUGGCCCUGGCCAAACUGUUUCUGGUAAAAAUCCGAUAUCUGUUGGACCAAGCCCAACAAUACCUAGCCGAACAAUUUCUACUAUAGUUACAGGCAACCAAACCACUCCCAGAACCUAUUCUAUGGCACGAUCUAAUCAACCAGCACUUGGCAGACCUCAACCUCUGUUACAGAUAGAAACAUCAUCUGAAGACAUAACAGGUAUGCACAGCAAUUUCUGAAUUUUCUAGGCAUCACUUUUUACUUUUAUCCACUUAGACAAAGUUGUUGUUAAAAGGAACAUCUAGACCAGUGGUUUCCAACCAGUGUGUGCCAAGCCACCUCAAAGUGUGGCAUGUUCAUACUGACUUUGGGCUUUGAUAGGUUGAAUUCAGUCCCUAAAAUGUGUUAACAAGUGUCACUAUUACAGUUUGCAUUCCUACUGUUAAUAUUAAUAAGUCAAUUUGGCAAGGUAUGCAUAUCCCUCUAACAAGGAUCCAGGCAAAUGUUACAUUUAAAGGCAGCUUAGGAAGGUAAAAAAUCAAGUCUGCCCUUGAAAUUGUUCUAUCAUUGAAAUGUGCCCUAGCCCACAAAAGCUUUGAAACUACUGCUCUAUGUAACAACACAAGUCAUGUUUCAGUUAAUUAAGCUUUUCUUCUUUACUGAGCUGCACAAAUGCCUCUAGUGGCUGUCACAGAGUUGUUUCCCCAUUGCAGUUGGCAGAAUUUACAUUUUUCAUUCUCACACGCAAUGCUGACACUGAAUGAUGAUUAUUCAUCUCUAUGAAGAUAUGCGGAUUGGUGCACAGCGACAAAUUCUGCACAUUAGGCCCCCAAUGCUUCUAUAUGGAGCUGCAUUGGGAUUGGCUGAGAUUAUCUCAGCAAGGGCAGACUGGUGGCCCCAGUGAGGGAUAAAUGGUGAGUGAAUAUGACUAAUUUUACUUGUAAAGGGUGGCCUCCGAAUCACUGCAAAUAAACUGCAUGAUUGUAUUUCUAACAUUAGAGUUUUCUUUUAAGAACCUUAGAGUAUAACCAGUGUCUGUCUUGUAUGGUUUAUUGGUUGUCACUGUGAUGGCUGCAUUUUAUUACAUACUGCUCCUAAUAUUUAUAUGUGUGAAUUUAUUAUUAUUUUUUUUUUUUUACUUUCGCUGUCAGCUCUUUCUAAAAAGAUCCCAGUACGUAGAGCCCGGCGUUCAGAUAGUGAAGACAGUGUGACUGCUUUGUCUCAAAAUGAACUGACUGCUAUACAGGUUCGAAACGUCCCUAAGCGUCUGAAUCAAAAAAAGUAUCUUGAGAAAUAUUUCAGCAAGUUUGGAAAGGUGCAGCGUUUGUACUGCAGGCAAGGGAGCAACAUGGUGAUUGUUCAUUUCUUCAAUCACGUAAGUUACAUUUGGAAUAUAAAUCUCUUGGGGUGGGGAAGAUAAACAGUUACAAAAAAAAAAUUGUGCAGAAUUAUAGCAGUUUCUUUACUCCUGUAUUGUAUUAAGAUUGCAGUGUGUGUGUGUGUGUGUGUGUGUGUGUAUAUAUAUAUAUAUAUAUAGUCUCUUACAGACUGAAACAUUGACUGGAACGUUGUGUGAAUUUGUAAUUGCUCAAUAAAGCAACAGAUGAAAUUUACCUUGAAAGACUCCUGAGUGCUCUCUACUGGUAUUGUGUGUAUGUAUUUAUAUAUAUUUUUUUUUAUUUUUUUAAUGUUAUGUUUAGCUUGACUCUCCUGUCAUGUUUUGGACAUCUCACAUAGCUGAUUGUAUAAAUGCAUAAUGGUAAUAUGUAUGCUAUGGGAACAAAAUAGCUUUUAAGAGGCUCUGGAAAAUGAAUACUUAAUUGACACUCUAAUCACCAGAACAACUGUAGCCUAAUGCAGUUGUUCUGGUGAGUAUAGUCAGUCUAUGCAUGCUUUUUAAUGUAAUCACUGUCUUUUUAGAGAAAAACACAGUGUUUAUAUGACAGCCAAGGGAUAUUUCCACUGGCCACUCCUCGGACGGCAACUAAAGGUGCUUCCUUGGUCAGUGCUGCACAGUGUACAGACCUGACGUUCAGUGUCUCCAUGCUCUGCCGACCACCUAAACUGUGGUUUUAGAACUGUAGUGUCAGGAAUACAUAUUUGUGUUCCUAAUACAAUAGUGCCCUUUUAUACUACUAAGGUGAAGUGAUUUAUGUAUAUCUCCAGAACACUGAGAUAGCAGUAGUAUAGUCAACCUUCGGCACUCCUAGAUGUUAUGGAUUACAUCUUCCUUGAUCCUUUGCCAACAAUAUGGCUGUAAGAACAUUAUGGGAGAUGUAGUCCACAACAUCUGGAGUGCCGAAAGUUGCCUACACUUGCCCUAAAACAUGCUUCAACUUUAUUUAUCUUAUUUAUUUUUAAUUGGAGUUAGUUUUGUAACCCCUUAAGGACACAUGACAUGUGUGACAUGUCAUGAUUCCAUUUUAUUCCAGAAGUUUGGUCCUUAAGGGGUUAAAGGGGCACUGUGUCUUUCCAGGAUUUAUAACUGAGCACCACCUUAGCUUCCUGUAAAUCUUUGUUAUGAACUUUGCUUUUCGCAACUGUCUGUCAACAAAACAGUGGGUGAGAUAUAUCAAAGUGUUGUGUUCUGAAAAGUGGUGUGAAAAGAGAAGAGUCGAGAGUGGAAUGUGCCUGCUUGUUGCACUAGUUUCAAUAAUACAGAAUAAAUCCAAACUCUUGUUCUUGUGCAGCAAGAUUUUUAAGGCUGAUUCUUCACAAAAAUCCCAAAAUAUAAAAAAAGGUUUAAGACAGGUCAGAAACGGUCAGUAACAGAAUUUUAGACAACUGUAGUUGAGGGUUCAUUAUAUUAUUUUGUGGGUUGUUUUCAGCUGUGCUUCUCUUUUUUUCAUUUUAAGUGACAUGGGUUUGUAGAUUCAUUCUGCAAUAGUCUGCCCCUAUUGAUGCAUAUAUUGUCUGCAUACCUGUACAGUGGUAGCAGAUUGGAUAAUUCUGCGCUGUUAUGGAACAGAAAUAAAAGAGGGUAAUUCUUGCCUCAAAUUAUCCCUUUUUUACAUGGUUGGUGCCUUUUACUAGUGUUUUUUUUUUUUGCAUAGCUUCUGCACUGCUUUGCCUUUUCUAUUAUGUUAUAUUAUAAUAAAUUGCACUAUUUAUUUUGUCACAUUUUGCAGACAUCUGCAGUUCAUGCCAAGAAAAUGGGAGUAAAGCUGCAUAAGGAUGUAACCAUAUUUUGGCAUCGGAAGAAAAACAGUGAGUGCUAAAAAUGAUGGAAACUGUUAACUAUUGAUCCUCACGAGGAAAGAAUGAUUUGGAUUGUGAAUGAAAUAAUGACAAUUCGAAUAUUUUUAUUUUUGUUUUGUUUUUUUAAGGCCCGAAUAAAAAAGAAUCUUCGUCCUCUAAGAAUACAAGUCUUGAAGACGAAAUGGAAGGUCAACAGAGCGAGGAAGAAAGCCCUUUGCUGACGUCACCUAUGAGCAGAUCCACAUUCCAAAACCUAACUGCUAGCAGAGGAUCUAAAGGGUGAGUGUUAGUUUAAUUUUACAAGAUAGUUUGUUUUUGCAAGUAUGCAGUAUGAUGUGUUCCACAUAUUCACUUUACAUUGUUUCUAUAGAUUGCCAAACAAAAUGUCUAUGGUCUCAAAAACUCUUCAGUUUGACACUGAGAGCUCUGACCUCCAGGCGUCGACUCCAGAUACUACAGCAGCAUCGCUGCUACCUAUGCUCUCACAUCUUGUGGGGACUGUGGCAGAAACAUCAGAAGAGAAGUAUCGACUGCUGGACCAAAGAGACAGAAUCUUGAGACAGGGUGGGUAUUUGGUUAGUAGUCCCUUCCGUCUUCCUCUGAGCUGGAAUGUGCCCAUGAUUGGAGAUGAUUUAUGUGAGAGUAACUUGUAGAAUGAGUUGCUGCAAAAUGUGUCAUUACAAGAAUGUUAAGUUUUCUUAUUCUGCCUUCCACUGAUCAUUCAACAAUGUGCAUGGUUUAAAUUAGUUUACAGUGCUGCAGUCCUAAAAGUUGCUCCAACCACCAUGACCACUUCUGCAUUUUCAAGUGGUCAUAGUGGUAGGAGUCUGUAUGUGUCGUGUUUCUACUUGAAACACUGUAGAUACAGAGUGAUCUGCGCUUUUGUGCCGGGGUUUAAUUGCACCCUGGAACUCUAUUUCAGAUUUCCUAAUGUCAGUUCUGUGCAAAAAUUAUGUCUGUUGUCUGCAUGCAUUGCCUGUUGGCGACAUAUGUUAUCACCUUCAACACUCACCUUCUACACUUGCAGGCAGCACUUGGAAACCCUCUAUUCUUCAUCUCCUUCACAUGCAUUUCACUAACAGCUCUCUCUCCAUGCAACCGACCUCCCCUUCACUUACAUUACACUAUCAGCUCUCUCUCUCUCUCUCUCUCUCUGUGUAGCCGACUUCCCCUUCACUUAUACAGCUCUCUCUCAGAACAGCCCUCCUUCCCACCUCCCCUUUAGAACAUUGACACUAUGAGCCCUGCCUCCAUGCAGCCCUCCCCACUCCUCUUCCCUUACAUUAGACUCACGGACCCCUGAAGGAUAACACAUUGAUGACAUAAGGCGUGGAACAAAUUGGGUAGAACUUGGCCCAAUGUUGAUUUCAGGGUAAGUAUCAAGCUAUUUUACAGGUUUUUGUAUAAUAAAUGAAGGGGGACCAAGUGACAAGUACCCAAUCGGGAAUAAAAAAAGGGUUGGCAUAACCCUUUAAUAAUUGUAAGUUUGGUUUACUUUAUUUGUACUUUAAAAUUCUUCUGUGAUGUUGUAUUUACAUUUUUUUGUCUCUGUAAAUAUAAAACGAUACAAAGUGAAAGUACCUGAAUUGAUGAGGGAGGUUUAUACUAACGUUACUUCCCUUUUACUUGCAUGGUUUGUUGUCCCACAUUUGUUAUUCCUGCCUUUCUUUCUCACUUCUCUGUUUUUGCAGCCCGAGUGAAACGAACAGAACUAGAUCAGGCUAAGGUUUUUGUGGGAACAUGUCCUGAUAUGUGUCCAGAGAAAGAACGGUACAUGAGGGACACGCGACAGCAGCUCAGCAUCUAUGAAUAUUUUCCAGGAACUGACAAGGUAUGGUAUCUGUGUGAUGCCAGACAGGGACAUUGCUUUUUAAACUACUGGUCUUGCUACAUUGGAGAGUUAGUGUGACACUUUCACAGUGGAACCCCAAAAGGGAUAAAGAUUGUUUCUGGUAUUGCAGCUGCUUAAAGCAUGACCUCCGUAAUGGUUGUAUCUUGAGAAUGGGACAGUGGAAUUUGAGACAUUCCAUAUUUUUUGAAGCACAAGCGUUCAAAUGUCAUUAGCAGAUAUCUGCAGAUCUUCUGUAUUGCUCAAAUCUCUCGUAUUAGAAGCCUUUGCUGCUGCAGAAAAUAAUCACAUUACAAAACUAAAAAAUCCUCAUUUUAGAAAAAAAAACUACUUGGGAUGAAAGUAGCAGGAAUUACUAUAUUAAAGCAAAAUUUUUCAUUUGUAACUUUUCAUGUUUGUCUUUUUAUUUUGGGUCUGUUUUAUGUAACUGUGUAUGUUAAUGUGUAAUAUGUACAGGUUCGGUUUUUUUUUUCGUUAUUUUUUUUUUAAUCCUCAAAUGCUGAUAAAAACUAGUAUGGUUGAGUUGACAAUACCUGUUUACAGAAACUACUGUUUUGAUCUGAAGGAUUUCGAUUAUACGUUUUUUCUGUCAUUUCUAGCUUGAUCAUGCAGCUACUAUCAAAGAGUAUAGUCGUUCCUCCGCUGAUCAGGAGGAACCUCUGCCUCAUGAGCUACGCCCAGCACAUGUUCUUAAUAUGACUAUGGAUUACCUGGUGACUCAGAUUAUGGAUCAAGGAGAGGGCAAUUAUCGGGAAUGGUAUGACUUUGUUUGGAACCGGACCCGUGGGAUCAGAAAGGUGAGCGCACUAGGUGACCUAAAUAAUUCAGGCAUCAUUUUUAAAACUAUCUCUAGAAAGUAAAGCAGGCUUUAAAGUGGAUAUGUCACAUUUUAAAUAUUGUUAAAAUAUUUUUGGAUCUCAAUUAAUUAUUCUAGCUAAUAUGUUUGUUUUAAAUAUUUUUAUUUUAUUUUAAUUGUGCCCACUUUGAGAUCAGUUGUCAACUAGGCCUUUAUAACAAGUUUUAUUAAAGUAUACAUUAACGAUUAUUCCUAUCUCAUGUAAAACACCAAUUCCCAGACUCAUUUCAUUGAAGUGUAUGUGGACCUAACUUUAUAUGUGACUUGAGAAAUUAUGAGAAAAGAUCAGAUUUACAUACAUAGAAGGAAAAUAUGUUGAUGACUUUCUAAACAAUGUAAUGUGCAUGAUUCCUUUGUAACUUGUUUUAAAUUAAAUUAGAGUUUCCUUUUGACGUUUAUUUUCUGUAUAUCUUGGCAGUGUGUAAUACAAUACAAACAGUGAAAAAUAUAUCUGUUAUGAUAACCUUUAUUUAUUAAAUAAUUAAACCUUCUGAUAUAUGAAAGCUGCUGCAACUGUUAUUUUUUUUUCUUAGCAGUCAGUGGUUGUUUUUUAUUUUUUUUUCUCCCAUGCUUCAGAACAAUUUUUAUGCACACUACCUGGUUCAGGAACACCCCUCUUGGGUGGGUCGUUGUAAAUCAGAAGUUAUAUGUCAUAAAGAAAGUUUUGAAGCACAACCUAAAAAAAGUACAAAAAAAAUAAAACCCAAAUGUUUUACAUCUAGCAUGCUGAAAAUAUUUGAUACUUGUUAUUAAAUGUAAAAGUUCAGGAGAAUUCCACUUGAAACCCUUUAAAUGUUCAGGAUAUUAUAAUCAUGUGAUAUUAACGCCUUUUUUUUUUAUAGUCCGUUCUUAAAAUGUGAGUGAUUUGUCUAGAUGGAAAGGGUGUGUAUAGCACAGCUGAUAAUUCCAAUGAAUGCUUUUUGUCUCAUGAAGGACAUUACCCAGCAGCAUUUAUGUGAUCUGACGACUGUAACUCUGAUGGAGAAGUGCAUGCGUUUCCACAUACACUGUGCCUACCAACUGUGUGAGGAGCCCAUAUCCUCAUUUGAUCCAAAGAUCAACAAUGAAAACAUGACAAAAUGUCUGCAGAGCUUAAAGGAGAUGUACCAGGACCUAGAGAAUCGUGGGAUAUCCUGCCCUUGUGAGCCAGAGUUCAGAGGUUACAGUGUCCUGCUUAGCCUAAAUAAGGGAGACAUUCUCAGGUUGGUAAAUUAGUCACAUCAAUGUGGAAAAAGUUUUAUACGCCUUCAUUGAGACAAGUAAAAUCUUCUACACAAAUAUUGUCUAUAUGUUUUUUUACUUUUUGUGCUCCACCAACCCUCAUUUUCUUUUUCUCUUAUUUUUUUUUACUCUGCUCUACUUUUAAUACUCCCUCCAUUGUUUGUUCCUUAGGGAGGUGCAGCAGUUUCAGCCUGUUGUCCGUAAUUCUGCAGACGUGAAAUACGCAGUCCAAGUGUUUGCCGCAUUGAACAGUACAAACUUUGUCCGGUUCUUUAAGCUAGUUCAGUCAGCAUCUUAUCUGAGCAGUUGCAUCUUGCACGGUUACUUCAACCAGGUAAGAAGUAGAUUGAAUUACUUAAUGAAUGUAAAGGAUCGGGAACGCUGAAAAAUUACACAUUUCUUUAAAUUUUCUUUUAUCACCUACAAGUUGCAGUUUCAUGUUGUUAUAAAUAUUGGAAAGGUGAGUCAACUGUCCAUAACUUCGUUUCAGGGUUAACGCCAGAGGUGGCUUAGAUGAUGCUAUGUCCCAUUAUGCUUUGCCAGCCUUAAAGGGACACUCCAGGCACCCAGACCACUUCUGCCCAUUGGAGCGGUCUGGGUGCCAACUCCCAUCACCCUUAACCCUGUAAGUGUAAUUAUUGCAGUUUUUAUAAACUGCAAUAAUUACCUUACAGGGUUAAGUCCUCCUCUAGUGGCUCUCUAUCAGACAGCUACUAGAGGGACUUCCGGCUUCUUAAAACACGAAAGUGUUUUAAACGAUGAUGGACAUCCUCACGCUUUGCAUGAGGACCUCCAGCGUCGCCGGAAUUCCCAUUGGAAAGCAUUGAAUAACGCUUUCCUUUGGGGAGGUCUAAUGCCCGCGCACGACCAUUGCCGCGCAUGCGCAUUAGGUCUCUCCCGCCAGCUGACGUCGGCAGGGGAAGAGUGUGGGUGUAGCCUGACCAAGCACAAGGGACAUUGGCGCUGGAUUCAGGUAAGUGACUGAAGGGGUUUUAACCCCUUCAGCAACAUGGGUUGGUUGGGGGGGCGGGGAGGAGGGCACUGCAGGAUUCUGCAGUGCUAGGAAAACUGAUUUGUUUUCCUGGCACUGGAGAGUCCCUUUAAGACCGUUGUUAAACAGCAGUUGGGGUGAGGAUGGUGGUCUACAUUUUGUCAGCACCUGCUUUACGUCAUUUUCAAGAAGCUGACUGGUUGCUCUUAGCUUAUUUUAUGUACAAAUAAUUUUUAAGGAAAAAGUGCCAUCCUAUUUAUAGAGCUAUGGCAAAGCCACACAAUGUUGUACUUUGUAUGGAAAACCUGUGUGUUUUCUUUGCAGAUUCGACGAGAGGGUUUGCGGGCCCUUAAUGUUGCAUAUACUCCAAGCAUCCAGAGACCCACUUCUUUCCCCAUGGAGAACAUAAUGCGUUUGCUCUUUUUCCACGACACUCAAGAGGCAGCGGAGUUUCUCAGUUUAUAUGGCCUGAGUUUGUUUGACGGGUGAGCUAGCAAGUAUUUGGAGUGGAAAUCUUAAAAUUAGGACCAUGAAAGCCUUCUGUCUUUUAAUGCUAAAAUGAACUCUUUUUUAAUAAAGGUACGUGGAGCUAAACCGUUUGGCAUUUGCUGAACCAGAGAUUCCGCCUAAUCCUAAGAAGUGUUUGUUUAUCAACAACAAGUGUAACGUUUCAGUGGGAGAAAUAGUGAAUGGUGCACCUCUAGCACCAUACUUAAUUCAUCAUCCCGUAUGCAGCUUUGAUGCUCAGAAUAAGUUUACAGGUGGAAUCAGCAUUGUGGAUCAGGAAAGAAGAAUUUGCCAAGAGACAGCUGGUAAGAGAUGCAUUCUCUUAUUUUCCUCUCCUUUUAAACAAUUUCAAUUUUCAUGCCUAUUUUGGAACACUAUCUAUCUCUACCACCAUAGGAUAAGCAUGCAGAAUUUGUACGCUUCAGUUUUUAGAGUUUAUAUUUAGAGUUUUUACCCCACGCCAAUGUAUGUUGAAGCCUGUAUAUUUGCAGAACUGCCUUUCAUGGAAUUCCAUGAAAUGGCAUGCUGCUAUCUGUAGUUUUGUAUGUAAAAUUUCUUCCAACAUAAAGGGUGACCCUUCACAUUCAUUGCACGUUUGCCUACAUACAUUUUAACUUAUCUGAUAAUUGUGUUUUUCCUUUUUAGUAUUUAGUAAUUACCGGUACAUCAUGUAGAAGAGGUGAUUACAUUUGGGCAGAUUUUCUUUUCAGCCAAUAGGCAAACCUCAUAUGAAACUUUGUUACUCCCCUUCCUCUGCCUUAGCUAGACAGUUUGAUUCCUAAACACCCCCCCACCCCCCUAAAUUAGAUUAAAUUGUAGAAAUUGAAGAUUUUCUUUUCUUCAAGCACUUGAUUGUAGAUGGGCUUUAGGCUUUGUGUCCACCAAUCCCUUCUAUGUGAACUGUGCUAUAUACAGGAAAGGAUGGUUUGGGCUACAGAUCUUUACAGAACCCUGCCUUGUCCUUCAAGGCUAAAUAUGGAUUCUUCCACAAAUAUCUUGGUGGAGAUGUAAACUUUCUAAAAUAAAGUUUUUUUCCUUGGCACCUCCCAGGUUAGUGAUUUUUUGUUGUGUCGUAGUCUGUCUCUCUUCUGGAUAUGUGUUGCAUUAUGUGCAUGGGGACCCAUGUAUUCAGCAGCAUUUGUCACUAUUCCUUCAGGGUUGAUAAUAUUUGUCAGGUUUAUUUGGUUAUGGGCAUUUUAAUAUUGGCUAGCACUUCUGUUGUUAAAGGAGAAUGGUCACCCUAUUAAAGGUGAUUGCAGCAUUUACUGGGGGUUAAUAAUGCUGCCUAGGUAAGUCUCAAAGAAAAAAGUACUUCCCUCCACUUCAUUUCCACAUUGUGGCAACAUCCCUGUCCCAUGAUUCUUCAGGCACGCAUUUACACUCUGGCAUCUCAGAGAAAUGCUAUCCAUACAUGUGUAUGCAAAGCAUUUUCUCUAUCAGUGCCAUAUGAAUUUGUGAGCAAUGCAUAUUGCACUGUAAGUGUUAACAAAUUUAGAUACUUUGCCUGACUUCACCCUGCAAGCAUGUAAAUUAAAUGAACUAUGAAGAAUUAGAGGGAGAUAAAUAGCACAAGCAAUUGUUAACUUUUAGUUUGAUAUUAGUUUGUAAUAAAAUUGAGGAAUUGGUGUGAUGUUUCAUAGUCCACCCAUUGUACAGUGCUACGGAGUCUGAUGGCGCUAUAUAAAUAAUAAAAUAAUUAUAAUAAUCUUCCUAAUAUUUAUACUUAAUGAUCUGAUUGUUAGGAAGUCAUAGACUUUAAUUCUGCCUGUAACCCCUUACCUCCUAACAAAAUACAUGCUGUGCUAACUAUUGUAUUGCAUUGAAAGCAAUGCAAAAUUAAAGUUAGCCCAUAGUGCCCCUGCAUUUGUAUGUCAGGGCUUCUAUCUGUUCCUGUCUCUGAUCCUCUCUGCAAUGAGAUGUAAAAAGCAUUGACUGUUUUUUCCCAAUCCUAAAGGACAUAUUUUAAUAGCCAGGUAGGUGAAGUCUGGUCUAAGCCCACUGAACACACCUCUCUACCAGCCGCGUUAGAUUGAGAACAGAGUUUGACUUGGUUGUGACUGGGGAAAGCACCUCUAGCCGCUGUCAGGAAAAGAGCCUUGAGAAAUGUGUUUAACCAUGCAAUGAAAAUAUUGCCUACAAAACGGUAAUGUUUUACACUGCAUGGUUCAAAUAGCAGGGGUACUGCACACUGACCACUUCAUUGAGAUGAAUUAAUCUGGGUGCCUUUUGUGUCCCUUUAACCCCUUAAGGACACAUGACAUGUGUGACAUGUCAUGAUUCCCUUUUAUUCCAGAGGUUUGGUCCUUAAGGGGUUAAGAUGUUGAGUGAAACAGAGGUUGAAUGGGUGUCCAACAAUGUAACUUUUGCUAUAAUUCAGCUGGAUGCCAUUUCUUGUAUAGACAUCUGAACUUUGUACCCUCUUUUUGGGCUCCUUGUCCUUUCUGUAAUUGGAAAUUCAAUUGCAAACUGUAAGGGUCCCACCAUGGCCUGCCUCCACAUUCAGAUGAAAAUCAGAAUUAAUACAUAUUGAUAAGUUGAUUUAAUCUUUGUAGAAAGAGUUUGCAAAGUUCCACCCCUUCCACAUAUGUUUUUAUUACCAUUUUCUUCUUUGUUUCUUCUCCAUAUAUCUCCAUAGAUCGUAAUAAUAUUUUAUGGUUAAACAUAAAUUUAAGUUUUGGAGUUUUUGUGUUUUUUGGUGCAUCAUUUUCAGAAACAAAUGUAGUAGUCAAAACUGCUGAGGCUGAAGAGGUUGCAAUCAAACGUACAGUUGUAUUUCAAUCAACCCCUGUGGAGCCAACCGUUCCUACCCAGACUGUAUUCAAGCCCAUCUUUCCACCUGAACGGAUGCCAUCUCCACCUAAACCUAUUUACAGUGACCAGGUAUGUGUAUCUCGAUUGUGUGCGGACAUGUUAUCAUGUAAUAUGUGGAAAACAACUGAUAAAAAGUCCUCAUCAGUGACUUACGUUGUUGUUACAUAUUUAUUUGUAGGAUAUUGCUCCCGUGCUUGAGGACCUUGUUGAAGAUGUACUCAAAGAAUACAGUAUGGAGCUCACUAAAGCGGGAGUUUCAUAUGUUUCUUUUGCCAUGAGGUAAAGAUAAAAUGUUUUCACCACCCCACUUUCUAUGUUAUCUAUAAUGCAUAACCAUUCACUUUAGUCCCUGUGUUACGAUUUUUGUCUUAUUUUGUUGCUCUUUUGGUAGUUUACAUGGUUUCAUUGUAUCUAAUGGCACAUGCUACUAUAAGUAAUUUGCCAAAUUACUUACUGCGCACUUUAACUUUAUUUUCCAAUAAUUCUCAAUCAGUCAUUCUAGCUAAAGUGAUACAACCCAAAAAUAUUCUGAAAACACAGAUCAGGAUUUCUGUAACUGUGAUUUAUGUUGAUUAAAAAAACUUUCUUUGUUUUGUUUUUUUGUAAAACAACUAUUUAGGUAUUCUAGAGAUAUUGGGAGGCACGAUCACUGUAAUUUCAAUCUGACACUUUAAGUUGGCAUCAAGCCUAUUUGAGAAAAAACAACCAGAGUAUAUAAAUAUUAUAUAAUAUUUUAAAAAGAUCUAUAACAGAGGAAAGCAGACGACGAUAAAGUACUGAAAUAAAACUUUGAUAUCCGUGUAUGAACAAAUGUCAUCUUGCCCUGAAGUAGGUAUAACCUACAGAAUGGAUCUCAAAUAUAGUAUAAUACAAUUGUUUCUUAAUUACACUGUAACUUCAAACAGUUUGCUAUUGUGUGAAAAAAUAGACCCCUUUAGUGCUUGAACAGACUGCUACACGUUCAUACAUAGUGGAAUUGUCAGUUCCAAGGAUUUUCCAAAUUAUGUUUACUUAUCGUGUGGGUUUCUGAAAAUUAAGCUUAAAUGUAGAAAUCAAUGCUGCUGUAUAUCCCUCUAUCCAGGAGCUGGGCACCUCCAUCUUUGUCUCCAUCAUAAAUGUUGACCUUUUAUGCCAUUAAAUAUAGUUUGUGCAAACGAAGAAGAGGAAACAAUGUCCAUGUUCUCCUUCUCACUUGCAAUGUAUACCCUUGCUGCGCCUAACCUGAAAUGGAUUGUAAUAUAUAUUUUAAAGGUAAAAAAGUGAAUACCAUUCUGGGUGAUCUUCAAUGUUUUAGUCAUUGGUGUCAUUUACAGAGAAGUGUCAGUUUUAUUUAAACCCUUUAAAAACUCCAUGAUUUACCAACCACAUAAUCUACCCACCAGGAAAACAUUUUUCUAUGCUGAUGAGUUUAAAUGAGUGAGGUGUCAUUUUCUAUCCUUCCAAAUGCACACUUUCCAAUCCCUUCUUAUUUUAUGUUUUGCAGAGAGUCCUCUUUGCUUUCAGAUGGUCUUUUUACAGACGUGGUCUCAGAAUUAACACAGAAGGUUGCAAAGGAAGUAAUUCAAAUGGAGACUCUGAGGGUACAGGAUGAAAAACGUAGGAUAGAGGAAGAAGCCAGGUAAGCGGAACACUGGCAAUUUUGCAGGAUAGGGAUACUCAUUAAAUAUUAUUAUUGUGAUAAGAAAUAGUCAUUUGUUAGCGGAACAGGGGCGCAAUGAAGGUCAAUUUACUAGAGUUGUUCAUCUUGUUUAAUUUUGUUGUUUAUCUUAGAUUAAAGCAGGAGAGGGAGAAGUUGUUGACUUCAAUAAGCAGUUCCCUGUGCAGAGAUUUACUCCACAAUGUUUUAACUAAAGAUAUCUACAGUAUUGCAAGUGAAGGACUGCAGUAAGUAUUCUAAAAGAGUACCAAACUGUGAUGUGUGUUUAAACUUGAAUUCAUCUGUUUUUCUUCUUAUGCAACUCCUGCAUAUCUGUGUCAGAGGAGAACAAUUAAGAGGGUUAUAGAGAGGAGAGGUUAGUGUGUAAAGGGAAAGUAGGAAGUAAGGAUAGACGCAAGACAGAUGUGCUCAACUAGAACACAACAAAAAAUGAAUUGCGUAGUUGUGUUGACAUCAAACUAGACUUUCGAUUCACACCCACUGUACCCAUCUGCUGGUAGUAGGCAAGUAUUGCAGAAUGCGAAUAAAAUUUAACAAAACUCAACAUAGUAGAAGGGGGGAAGACUUGUAAUAAUACAAAAGGAAAUUUGUAUGUCUAUUCAAGUCAUGCAAUGCACUGAUACUCAAAAAUAGGUAUAUUCUAGUUGUUCCCGUACAUUGCAGAAUGUGUGUAAAAAAGCAAUCUAUUUUAUAUAUGAAAUAUUUUUUAUAUGUGCCAUUGGAGACAUUCUUUACAUUACCAUGCACAUAUGAAGUAUCGGAAGGAGAAACUGAAGGGGAAAGUUGGAUUUGCUAAAGAGACGAUAAUGUGGAAAGAGAAGGUGUGAAUGUGUACAGAUAAGCAAGAAAAAUUACUUAACUGGUCUCCAGUAUAAAUUGCCAAAUUGUAGGAUCAUGGAACCAGAAACUAGCAAUAUACACCAGGUUUAUCCCUCUGAGAUCAGUGAGCAAAUAUUGCAAAGUACGAAUGGAAAAAAAAAGAAAUCUCUAUGUUAGAGAAGGCAAAAAAACCCUGUAUUAACAGGAAGUGUAUCUGGUUGACGCACUGAUACUAAAAAGUAGGUGCAUGCUAUUUGCUUGUAACAAACCUACAUAUGUUUAAAAAAAAAGAAAAAAAAAAAAAGAGAGAGAGACAGACUCCCACGAUGUCUCCAGUGUGUCACCAUUCCAUACAAAAGGAGUGCCUCGCAGCCCAGGGAGUAAUAGAAUUAUUGCCCUGUUGGUAAAUAUUAUUUCUUGUAAAAAAAAUGGGGAGGAGGCUAACAAUCUUAAUAACGAAAACAUUCUUGAACCAUAAUUGUAUGAUCCUGUAUAUAAAAAAAAAUAACAAACCAUAAAAUGUAUUACAUAUCCACAAGCCAUAAAUUCUGUCUCUGCAGCAGACGAGAGCCUUGCAGAUGUUGUUAGUCAGGUGGUCUGUGCACUCCAUUCAAAGUGUUCCCCACCCUUAGAGCAGCAUACAAGUGUGUAGUCGUACCUAUUCAAGGCAAAGUAGGGUCCAUUAUAUAGCAGGAAUCAAGCUAAACAGGCCAGCCUCAUUGGAACCCCCACAAGACACCCCCAAUUCACCAGCUCUCAACUCCUGAAUGCAACAUCUGGUGUCCCACCAGUGGAUAACAGGCCCCACCAGUACAUUAGACCUCUUGCCAUCCAGAUUUAGAUGGCCCCUGGUGCACAGGAGAACAGGGCCUAACCUCCCAACCUCCAUGAUAGGACUCAUAGCUUAAGACAUUGGCUUCUCACCUGGCACUCCUAUUGCAGCAGCUAUUUUUCAAGAGUUAUAGUUAAAACAGAAAAAUCAGAUCUCAAAACCGCUAAGGAGAACGUUACCGCCAUAAACUACCAACCAUAAUUGGACCCUCAGUGCUUGAGGUUCAGAAAAAAAAAAACAGGUGGACUGGGGUAACCUCAGCCUAUGGAGGAGGAAUGGGGACAGUAGCAAAGCUAUAUUCAAGACUGGUCAUUUGCAAAAGGUAUGAUGUUGCUCAGUCCACAGGAGACACCAGUCUCUUAGGAAAGCUGUUUCUAUCCUGCACACUGAUGUGGCGGCUUUCAACUGUGGUAAAUGGGUGGAAGUGAGUAUAUAAUAGACUUCUUCUAGUAGGUUUUAGUGGUCAUAUAGCUGGAUUCCCUGCUGCAAUUUUCACGAUAGCGGGCACUACACAGCAGGGCUGUGGGAAUAAUUUGAAGGUUUGCAGCUCAUUUAAGGUUUAGAUAUUGAAUCAAAAUUGCUGCAUUUUUUUUUUUAGAGUAUAGGCACAUGAGCUGGAGCUGCAUAAGAUUGUGAAUGUUCAGCUCAACAGUCUGGCUCUGCCCCUACCUCCAAGUAGUUGUGCACACCACAUGAACUUCACUGAUCCCUUUUUUGUUCUCGUUUAUGCUUUCUUGUCCCCACUCAUUUGUAUUUCCAAUGUUUACUUGCAGACAAGCUGUGCAGCUGGACCAUAGUGCUCGUAUUGCACGCUGUUCCCAGGAUGUGUGUGACCAAUAUCUUGGUCAGUUUCUUGAUGAGGAGAUGGUGCGGGUAGCCAGAGAAUCCCUACGUGAAAUUAAUUGUUACAGCAAAUAUAUGCAGAGGUGAGAUUUCACAGAACACUAGUACUGCACUACACACUGCCUUGUUUUUGUGGUAAUAGAAUACUUUCCUCAAAUGAUACAUGACUAUUGAAGGGGGAAAUGCCAAAACUUCUAAGCGUGUCUGUAUAAACCUCUGUAAAGGAACAUGAGCACCCUUUGAAAUUCAUGCUUUAUUAUUAGGUCAACAUUUCAGUUUUUGUUUUGAACCUUGUUUAAGUCACACGGGUAAUUCCUUUUGUUGGUAUAUCCUGCCCUAUUGUGGUCUUAGCAUAGUGUCCUCAGGUGAUCUUAUGAAAGUACCCUGUGUUUUGGACAUUUUGAGUGGCGUUAAGAAAAAAAAAAACGCAUUUGGAAAGCAUUUCUCAGCAUUUCUGCAAACCAGCCCAAUUUUGCAGUCUUUUGGAUAGAUCAAUAACCAAUACUUUGAGGAUUACACAGUUUACAUCACUGAAUAUUGUCAAUACCAAAUCCUUUCUAAAAACUGAAAUUGUGAAACACAGAGAGUUUGUAACUUUCCUUCUAAAUUAACUGUAAAAUGUAAUUAAAAAAGGAAUAUGAUCUAUUUAAUUACAUGAGCAGUUCCACAAUUAUCAAAUACAUAUGCUAAUUUGUCAUCAGAUGGAGAGAUGUUUUGGCUUCCCGAAAGAAACUGAGGCGUCAGAUGAGAGGGUUUCCUGCUGCUCCCGGUUCUGUGGCUCAUGAUGACAAACUGAAGGCAUUAAUUCCCAGUGCUACUUUAACCGUUGAUGUACAGAGCCUUGCCAAUGGAUUCUUAGACAUGGGGCAUGCUGGAAAACUAAGCGUGUCCAUCACCAGGUAAGACCAUAAGUAAUAUAUUGCUGUGGAAAUGUCAAUUGAUGUUAUUGCAGUAAAAAUGGGAUGCAAUUACUUGCCCAUUCAUUUUCUGCAGUGAGGUGUAUCAUCCUUCAAUGUUCACAUCAUGCCCACAGUGCUGUGCCCUUCAAAAUUCUAUUUUUUUUACAGGCUCAUGCAGCUCCGAGAGCAGACUUUCCAGAAAAUGAAAGUUCAACAUUAUUUUCAGGAGCUCCUGUGGUAUGUGCCCAAUAAUUUUUUUAUUUUUAUUUUUAUUUUUUUUAAUGAAAAUGUUUUUUGGGUAGACGUCUUCCUCACUCUUCAUGUCAUUACUCUUACAUCUGUUCCCCUCACUGUAGUGAUGCCGCAUGGUCUCCUUUGGAUUUACCUCCACUGAUUGUACAGCACCUUUCAUCGUGGAAAAAAUGUAUUUUUUGGAAGGUAGUUCUUAUUUUACCAGAAUAUGAUGAACCCAAUGACCCUAACUGGUGAGUGAGAUUUGUGUGUGAUCCAAGACGUUUUGUGUAAUGAUUUUGGUUUUCUUUUCUUCUUUACUUUGAUGUGAUGGGGCAUUCUAAUGGCCAUAAAAUACAUUGUUUGCUGUCAGAUCAUGUUGGUACUUUUCUGUCUUUUUUAUGGUUUAUUCUGUAUUUUCAGGUGUACAUAUUAUAUCUGUUAUAUAGCAAACAAAACUAAUUCUAUUGAAUCCAGUUUCUUGGGGCAUCAGAGAACCCUAGUCCUAUCUGAAUCCCAAUGAGGUCAUUUUUGUAUAGGUUGAUAACAGCUCCAAGCUUCAUUAUGCAGUGAAUAAACUAGUAUCUGCCAUACUAGAAGCUAGUAUUUGGAACAAUUAUCCAUACUUAAAAUAUCUGCACUUGUGUUCCAGGGGAAGUGCUGUUUGGUGUAAGUUAGCAUGGUUUCCCUUCCUGGUAUUUCAUGAAGAAGCCGACUUAAGCACUAGACUACAUCUCCCUAAUACUUUGCCAAUAUUAUGGCUGUAAGAGCAUUAUGGGAGAUGUAGUCUGAAAUGAUGAAUGGUGCCUACCCAUGCACUAGACCAUUUUUUUGACUGGAGGUGACCCCCACUUUCCAACCUGGAUGUAACAUUUAGCUUAUUUUCCAGAUUGACUGACCAGCUAAAUUCCUUUCUAGAGUUUGCUGAAUAUUCUGUGAGAGAGUGAGCAAAGCUUUGCUCUCUUACAGCAAGAUGAGUUAAGAACAUUGUCAGAAUGUUUUCUGUCUUGUAAAUGACAUGGCAUUUCCUUUUCUUGUUCCAAACUAGAAUGUAUGUUUUUCCACCCUCAUCAUGUUAAUUGUUUUUGUCACUAUCUUAAAUGUUACUGUGAGUGGUCGGUCUUCUCACCACAAAGAAAAAAAAAUAAAACAUAAAUCAUUGCAUGUAAUUAACACUAAACUCUUGAACAUUGUUCCUAUUCACUAAUCAUGUGAGCGUUUUUCACACUAGCCCCACCUGACAGUUGUGAAUCUUCCUUACAGCAUCCUUUCUGAGUGGUUAAAGGCAAAGUUCUACAGGAUGGAUAGUGAGGCCACACAGAACCAAGAACAGCAAGUACAGACACUAGCACUGUACAGCUCAUUGGAGAGACAUGGAGAGAGCUCUGUGUGUGUAAACGUGUGUGUGAAGGUGAGACUACAUCUCCUUGUAACAUCCAGGAACUUUAGUUUCCUCUUCUCUUCAUUUUAGCUAGGGAUCAACCGAUAUUGAUUUUUUUUUUAGAGCCGAUAAUUGGUGAACUUUCAGGCCGAUAGCCAUUUUUUUAAAAUAAACAAUUUUUUUGCUACGCAAAUCUACUGUUAACUGAACAUGUUUAUUUUAUUUAUUUUGCAAAUCUUUUUUUUAUUAGGAUAAAUGCCCAAAAUAUACAUGCCAGUCAGAAUUUUCUAUGUUUUCAAGAAUAUAUGUGUGUGUAGUGGAUGCAGUGAGAGUAUUUGAUUUGUGAAUGCAGUGUGUUUGUGUAGUGGGUGUAUAGGGAAUGUAGGGUGUAUAGGGAAUUCAGAGUGUGUUUGUGCCGUGAGUGUUUGUGUUUUGUGGGUGUGUGUGUGUGUGUGUAUGUAUAUAAUGAAUGUAGUGUGUGUGUUUGUGCAAUGAGUGUUUGUGCAGUGUGUGUAUAUAAUGUAUGCAAUGAGUUUGUGUAGUGUAUGUAUAGAAUGAAUGCAGUGUGUGUGUGUUUGUGCAAUGAGUGUUUGUGCAAUGUGUGUAUAUAAUGAAUGUCGUGUGUGUAUAUAAUGAAUGUAGUGUGUGUUUGUGUAGGUAUGGUGAGUGUGUAAAAUUGGGGGGGGAGGGGCUUUUUUAUUUUUUAAACUUUUUAAAAAAUAUUUAAUUUUUUUAUGUUUAUUUUAAUUAUUGCCACAGAUGGAGUAGUGUCUCCACCACUUAAUUUAUUUAAUUAUUAGCCCAACUGUGCAGGUGGACAGUGAUCUGUCCACUACAAAUUCUUUGAAUGGAAGCCCUGACCGAAUAUCCAAAGGUGAGGCAGGAGCUUUUAGUCCCCCCCUCCCUGCUUCUUACCUUGCCAGAGAGGGGGGAUAUGGCAUUCCCUGGGGGGCCCAGCACACUCUUACUUACCUUCCCAGCAGCUCCCUUCAGCUCCUCUGUCUAAGUCUCGCGGCCUGUGUGCCGUGCGGAGCGUUAUAAUGGUAACCCGUGGGACUCGCAAGAUUUACACUGGGGAGCUGAAGGUAAGGUAAGUAAGAGCUUGCUGGGCCCUCCAAGACCCUGAUGGCGGGCCUGGUCUGCAUUAUCGGCAAUAUCGGUAUUGCUGAAAAUACAGAACUUCGGCCAUCCCGAUAAUCGGUUGAGCCCUAAUUUUAACCUGUAUCUCCACUGUGUUUGGGAAAAAUUCCAUUUGGAAACACAAUCUAUAUCUAUUGUUUGUUUCUUCAAUCAGCUGCAGUCUACAAUUUGUAUGCUUAUUUUAUGCUUCACACUUCUUCCUGUAAAACUCUGUGUUAUCUGCUAAUUUUAGCUUGUAAAUUGCACCAUAAUUCCUUUUCUUAGUCUUUUUGUUUCCUCCAUCUCUUUACAUUAAAAUUCUGUCAGAAAUUCUUACAUGUCCAGUACAUCGAGUUUACAUUAUUAAUCCUGAAUCUGCAGGCAGUACAUGGGCCCAUCACUCCAUCUGAGUUGGAGCAAGCUGAGACUCAAAAACAGUUCUUGGGGACAAGUGGUGUUGUGUUCCUGUUGCCAACUCGACCCAAUGUAAAUGAUGAUGAUGAUGAGGAUGAUGUGUAUUGGAUCACUGCAGUACUCCAGCUUAAGCAGCUUCUACAGGCAAAGCCGUUCCAUCCCCCACCUCCCCUUGCAGUUCUUGUACCUGGGCAGUGCCAAGACUCAAUGAUUGAAGUUGAAGAAGGUCAGUAUUAAUCAGCCAUUACUAAACCUAGACUGAAACAUCAAUAUAUUCCCCACACAAUUAAGCAAAACCAAUCUAGUAUGUAAAAACUUUAAAAUCUUUGUAAUAACAUUGAUGUACAGAAAGGUAGUAUUAAAGUGACUGUCUCUUCCAAGUAUUUUUUGUAAAAUGUUUACUUUCCCUGAUUUUAACAAAUAUCUAUUUGUUGGUUAUGAAAAUUAAAUGUAAAUUUCCCACAUCUCUAUUUACCUCUGUCCUGGGACUGAGCGCCUCCAACUUUGCUUUUAGCACUUGUCAGUCAAAAUAGAUUGAGGAAGAGAAAGAAAGAUGAGAAGAUUUAGGAAACCGUAGUGUACUAAAAGUGGUGCAAGAAUGUCAGAGGAGAAAUCACCAGUGGAAUGUUCCUUCUGGUUUUCUUAGUGAUUGCCUCACUUUUAAUACAUGGUGGCACUUUUCAGAACAAACCGCUAUGAUAAAUCUCCGUUUAUAUACCUCUGUUUCUCUUCCUUCAAUGCCAUCUGUAGCUUUGCCUGUGUUGUGGCAUUGCCUGUACUAAACUGGAUUGUAAUGUCAAUUGUUAAAUAUUUGCUUCACAUAAAAAGUUUAACAUAAGUUAAAGGGACACUAAGCACCCAGACCACUUCAGCACAUUGGAGUUGUCUGGGUGCCAACUCCCAUCACCCUUAACCCUGAGCAUGUAAUUAUUGCAGUUUUUUUAAAACUAAAUAAUUACCUUGCAGGGUUAAAUUAUCCUCUAGUGGCUGUCUACCAGACAGCUUUCCUAUGGGGAGAUCUAAUGCGCGCGCACAGAAUAUCACAAAUGGCAAAACGAUCUUGCUUAAUGUGUCAAAUGUCAUCAUAGACAUGCUCAGCCUACAAAUAAAGGCCACCAACCUAUACUUUAAUUUUACAUUUUGCAAUGAUGUGAUUUAUUAUCUGUUUAACUUGGUUACAGAGACAUUCUUUCACUUUAUCUUCCCAAUGUUUAGCUUCAGUAAUAUCCCAGUAGUUUGAAUUUACUUUGUAAUGCCUGUGACUUGUCCUUCAUCCUUUAAUUAAAUUUGAUAAGUGGUUUUGUGCUGUUUUGUUUUUAUGUCUAGAACUGAAUCUUAAAGAUCUGGUUUCAUGUGGUCUACUCUCGGAGUAUGUAAUUCUCCCUAUCCCAGGUACUGUGAAUGACCUGCAAGGUACAAAGAAGGUAAGUGACAUGGUCCCAUCUAACAAUAUUAGUGAAAGGUAUAACUUAUUUGCCUUUCUAAGUUAGUCUGUUAUAUUCUUUUACACUAGUCUUGUAAAAAUCCAUAAUAUCUGUGUUACUCAGGACCAGACUUUCUUCUCCUUUAGUUUCUCUCUCUCUUUCCCUCUCUAUGUCCUGUCUAAUUCUCUUAUUGUAACUCUCUUAUUUUCGUUGUUUAUCUCUCUCUCUCCUUUAUUACUCUGCGUUUAUGUAAUGUAUAACUUCAAAAUAACAUUUUCCAGUACUUUUCACACUUUUUAUUUCGGCCCCUAUUUGUUUUUUUUCUUCUUCCUAUAACAAUGCUGUUUUUUACAGGUCUCUUCUGCCGUGCAGUUCCUUGUAUCCCACUGCCCUCAAUUCUUGGAGCUGCGUUCCCUCCCUUUGCGUCAAUACAUAGAGGAUGGUGUGUACAAUACCUUCAGCAAACACUUUUAUCAUGAUGCUUGUGAGCGCACAAAAGCAAAGCUGCCUCCACAGAAUCCUGCAGCCAUCAUUGACCUCUACAACUGUGCUCUCUCAUUCCUGGCAAAGGCUGUGUCUUUAGAAUAUCUUUCUGACCUUUCUUGGCCAGUCACAGAGUUUACAUGUCCAGAAGGAAGCUCUUUAUUGCCCCAUCUGGGUUGGAACAGCCUCACACACCUCGCCUGGCUGAAACAGGUUGUGCUUUCCUUCCAGUUACCACAGAUGGACAUGCCACCUCUAGGGGGUAAGAAUGGGGAUAACACUGAUGGGUAUGAAUGGCAAGAUCAGAAGGAAAUUGUUAAUGCAGUUGUUUUUGAUCAUGUGUGCUAUGAUAUGGCAAUUUACGGGAGGGAUCUAAAAUAUGUUUGUUUCUUACUGGACAGCUCCCUGGCUUCCUGUUUGUUCUAUGAUCCUCGAGUACGUAAGUCAGAUUUGUAAGUACCGAAAGUCUUUGCCUGUCCUAAUCUCUGAGGUAAAACAUCUCCUGUGGAACUCUUACAAGUCCUGGGAAGAGAGUAAUGAGGAAGCAGAUGGGAUGGGACCUCCUGUACAAGAUAUUCCCUGGAAUGGAUUAAUAUCUCUUUGUAUCAAUCACAAAUUGCGAGAGUGGGAUUCGCCAUUGAGAUCAGAUAAAUCAGGUGAGCUUGUAUGUGCACCCUAACAAUUCUUACUUUGACUGCUUGUGGUUCCACUGUAACAGGACCUUUUGCACCCAAAAUCCUAAAGUUUAUAAAUAAAUCUUAUCUGAGUAGAUAAUGUGCCUGUCCUUUUUGGUUGUAAUAAGAACUUUCUUUGAUAAAAUAUUUGUCUCUCCUUUAACUAUUUGGGUAAUGGUGAUUUUUGAGACUGUAAGAGAGAGACACAUACUGAGUAUGGGCAAGGGAGAGUACGGGAAGCACCUUAAAUUGUACAAUUAAAAGGUUACUCCAAGAACCAUGACCAUUUCAGUGUCUUGAAGUAGUCAUGGUGCUCAAAGUCUGUAUGUGCAGCAUUUCAGUGUAAAAUGCUGCACAUACAGAGAUAUUUCAGAUUGCUGUCGGAGGUGUAAUUCCAUCUCUGGCAGUUUCAUUAGUUAGCCCAGAACAAGUGUUCUUGGCUGGCUAAUGUAAAUUAUGUGCGUAAUCCAUUCCGAUGGUCAGAUGGUUAUUCAUUGUCUUGGUGCGCCCACCAGGGAAUGACAGGCAGGAUCGGCUACUGGCUUCUACAAAACCUGGAUGUGUAUAACCGAGCUAAGAGGGGGUUCGGAGUCUGACGGACUCCAGGUAAGAGGGCAAACUGUUGCACAACAGUUUGCCUCAUUACCGAUGAACAGCGACAACUAACACCAUAUUCACUACAGUGGUCUGUAGUGGUUAUGAUCUUUGGAGCCACCCUUUAAAUACUGAUGAUAUUGAAAUCAUAUCAAAAUUAAUAGGUAAAUAAACCAUAUAGGUGUAAAUUACAGCACAAAGCAGUUCUAAAGAACCAGCAAAAUGAGCUCUUAUGCUCCUUUUAUGUGUAAUGAUAGAAACAGUUUAACCAAUUCAUUCACAUGUAAUAGCAUAAUAGUAUAUUCUCUGAAGAAUAUAUAAAUAAUCCCGUGCUUCUGCUUGAUACCCUUUACCUGGAUUAAAAACUGGAGUAAAAAGCAUUUUUCAUAUAUGAUAAUUUAGUAGUACGUAAUAAAGAAUUGCAUACAAAAUCAAGUUCUUUGCAAACAUUUUUUUCACAGAAUAUUUCAGAUUACACAAUAAUGUGUUACUCUCCGCAGAUUCUAAGGAAGAAUUGCUUGUAUACUUUUUGGAAGAAGAAUUAAGUAAUUUUACACCUCCUGAGACAUGGGAAAAUGCUCGACACAACACACUUCAGUUUCUGCAGCAGUCUAAUGAUAGGUGAGUUGGUAAUAAGUAUUACUUUUGAAUUGUGUGAGUUCACAAAACAUGGUGUGUCUUUGCCUGUGUGCCUGUUGUUUAUAGUGUGAAAAGCCCCAAACGACUUAAACCUUUUAUUGGCAUCUUUUUAACUGUCUUUUGUCUUGUGUUCUUAUUAUAGUUCCCCUGGACAAAGGUUGCAUUCUCGACAAACACCCAAGGCUGUGGGCUCACUUCAGUUUACUUUCAACAAAGACGUGGAAGACAUGACAAUGGAUACAGAGACUGAUUACCAAAAAGCCAUUAGCAAGUUGAAACACACCAUAAAUGCUGAAAAGGAGGAAAGCCAAAGGUAAAGGAUUAAUAGUUAAAGAACACUAUAGGGUCAGGAACACAAACAUGUAUUCCUGACUCUAUAGUGUUAAAACCACUGUGUAGCCCCCUGGCUCCUCCUCACCCCUCUAAAUAUAACAAAAUACUACCUUUAUUCAAGUCUGCUGCUGGCUCACCCACUGAUCUGCCUGCUUGGCUGACAUCAUGAGAAGUGACAUCAUGAGAAGUGCUUGGCAUAAGAUUGGCUGAGACUGUCAAGGAGGCAGAUCAGGCGCAGAGCCUGCACAAGCCAAACACAGCCAUGGCCAAUCUGCAUCUCCUCAUAGAGAUGCAUUGAAUCAGUGCAUCUCUUUGAGGAAAGUCCAGUGUCUCCAUGCAGAGGGUGGAGACACUGAAUGAUGCAGCACUGCCCAGUAAGCACCUCUAGUGACCAGUGGAGGUAUCCCUAGGCUGUAAUGUAAACACUGCAUUUUCUCUGAAAACAUGGUGUUUACUGCAAAAAGGGGAAUGAUUAUAUUCAUCAUAACAAAUACAAUAAGCUGUAGUUGUUCUGGUGACUAUAGUGUCCCUGUAAUAUGAAGAGCAAGAUCUUCUUGAAGAAAUCUACCAUUAUGCAGUCAAGAAGGAUUGUUUUCCCUUUUUGUGGCAUAAUAGGAAAUUGCUUUCAAUUUUUAAUAUAUAUAUUUUUUCCUUUCCUUUGGAUCAGUAGAAUAAACAAAAGUGUGAAAGAGUGAAUUGAUGGACUUAAGUGUUUUUUCAAACUAGAUUACUAUGUAAUUCAUAAGACUAUAAAUUGUGAGGAAAAGCGCAGGACAAGGUAAGUUUCAUGUAAAAUGGAAAUAAUGAGUCAUAGGGGCAGUAAAAGCAUGUAAGCUGAUGGAGGAUAAUUUGGUAAAUAGUAUUCACGUUGAUUUCUUGGUUUUCAGGUUUGAAGAAAAACUGCAGCACUUACUUGAAGAGAACGCUCUGGAAAAGUCUGCAUCUCUCUGCCUUCCACUAUACCUACCUGAGGCUCUACUAAAACCUUCAGGAAUUCUGCCUGAAGUAAUGGAUGGAAGUCUGUGUAUUGCCUCUUCAUCUAUAAAAAGUACUGCAUGUACGCCUUUCUUGCAAGAAUCGUUAAGAAAUGCUACUAUGUGUGUUACAGAAAGUGUUAUGGAUAGAACACCACUGUCAUGCUCUUUAACAGACACUAUGGACGAACUACGCAGGCAGCUGAGAGUAAAUCAGCAGGAGGACAAGUCUUUUGAAUUGCACUUGAAGACGCUAUUGGAUGUGGGAGAACUUUAAGCAGAUAUUUGUUGCUUAACACAUGUUGCAGACAUAAAACUGCACCUAUCAAAACCUGUGAUACAUUGCUUUUGUUACUAGAGAUGGCGCCAUGGGUAGAUGGCGCUCCUAUGAUCUCAGUCUCUAUUUGUUUAAGUCGAUUUCAUGUUAUUUGCUUAUUUUCCCCAGAGGUGUAUAGUUAUGGGGCUGAUGGGUUGAUAACCGCAAUCUGUUUAUUUUAAGUAUGACAAAAGAGGAUUCUAUUUUUUCGUUUGUUUUAAAAUGUGUAAAUAAAAUUACAUUUUUGUUUUUAAAAAACCAAAAUAUUAGAAACCAA